GCGAGCAGGUAUCAGAUCUUCCCUCCUGGACUUGAUUCACGUCUAAAACUCGUCAGCAGGAAUCAUCACCGUUUUUCAGUGGUUAUGUUCAUGUCACCUUUGACUCACUGGAGCCCAAUGGGGAAGCAAAGAGUUACAAUCGCUGCUUUAACAGGUAAUCAGAUGAUUUAUUUUUGCUUUCUGGUUCUCCUUUCUUCAUCCGGCUCUGCUGCUCCAGUUUCAGAGACUUUCACAGUUUCAGUAAAGUCUCCUGUCUCAGUCCAGAGAGGUCAAACAGCCAUCUUACCCUGCUGGCUCACCCCGUCUCAGAGUGCAGAGGAUAUGGAGGUUCGCUGGAAUCACUGGAGUCAUGAGUUUGGUUCUCCAGUCCUGCUUUAUAAGGACAAGGCUUUCGACUACUCAUCCCAACAAGCUUCAUACGCUGGCCGAGUCUCAUUGGGCUUAAAGGAAAAAACAUCAGGAGGAUUAAAGUCAGGUGAUGUCAGCCUGAAGCUGGAAAACGUCACAAUUGAAGAUGCAGGAAAAUAUAUAUGUUCUGUCAGCAGUUCUGAUGAUUAUGACAGUGCAACUAUUAUUCUCAGUGUGACAGAAACUGGAGGCCAACCUCUCCUGUCAGCAGUGAUGAAAGACGAUAACAAAGUUAAUAUGAGCUGCCAAUCUGCUGGCUGGUAUCCAAAGCCUGAGCUGCACUGGUCAGACAACAAAAAGGCUCUCACACCUGCUGAUGUGUCGAUCAGCAAAAACUCUGCUGGUUUUUAUUCAGUCCAUAGUUGGGUUCUGGUCUCCAGUCCUUGUGACGUCUCCUGCUCUGUUGGGCUCGUCAAUGAGGCACCAAAAGAGGCCAGAAUGUGUUUGGAAAAUCCUCCAUCAUCACAAGAAGGUACGUGCGCUGGAUGGGUGGCCUUUGGGAUCCUUGCGGCAGCUGUAGUUGUUGUCGGAGCUGUUCUGUACUUCAGAAAGAAAGCUAACAAGGCAAAAUCUGGAGACGACACAGCUGGGGCGGCUGAACUAAUGAGCAGGCCUGAAGAAAGUGAACAACUUCUGCCUACAGCAACAUGGCAGCCAACAGCUCACUGGGAAGCCUCCCAGUAUUAUGAUAAUGUUCAACUGGUGGGCACAAACAAUACGCUGAUAAUAAUCACAGGUUCUAAACUGAGAGAAAAUAUCCAUGCAAAGUUUCCUGAUGGAGACAGAGUCACUUGUCUCACUGCAGUCAGAGGUUCUCCUGGCUUCUCUUCUGGACGUCACUACUGGGAGGUUUGCUUAAUGGCACCUGAAGUCGACCUCAAGACGUCCUGGUGGAUUGGAGUUACAGAUAAACAUGAAAUCCCUCAUGAUGAAAGUUUCCCUCCAACCAAAAAAAAUGGUUUCUGGUUCUUGUCUUCUUGCCCCAACCGGGAGAAUACUGUUCAGUUUAGCACCGAACCAACGACAUUCAUUUAUGUCCAGUCAAAACCAAAAACAGUUGGUGUGUAUUUGGACUUUGACAACAGAGAGCUCUCCUUCUAUAAUGUGGAAGAGAAAUGUCUGAUUGGAUCUCUGGCAGCAGAAUUCACAGGUAAACUGUUCCCACUUUUUAACCCUGGGAAAGGUGACGUGUUACCUAUGGAGAUAAUACAAAGACCUGUGCAGGAUCAGUCAAAUAACUGAUGAACCUGUGGAGAAAGUACAGAAGGAGAGGAGGAUUAAUCAUCCAGUUCCUCUGGAUGAGAACUGAAUGUUUUGCUCCUUAAAAAGAAAAGAAGAAAAAUAAGACACACCACAUUGUACAAUUUUUUAAAAAAUCCUGUUUUGUUGGUGAUUUUUGUUCAAAUCUCCAUUCUUCUCCAGGUUUGAAUUCUAGUUACCAUAAUAUCCUGGACAUUUGAGAACAUUCACAUUUUUUAAAUCACUGUUAAAUGACUGAACACAAUGCUGAAGCUGUUUUUUGAUUUGUGGUGAUGUGUUCAAGGACUAUGUCAAUUAUUUUCUAGUGUCUGAACCAACUUAGAUCCAUCAACUUACUUGAGUUGUUGAGGGAUCUAAGUUGUUUAGAUCUUACCUGAGUUAGAUCUAAACUGUAUUUAGAUCAAAUGUCUUGGUCUAAAUAGUUUAUUUACUGCUUGAUGUGGUGAACUAAUCUAAUCUGACAUAAAAAGAAAAUUAUUGAUCUUGAAAUCCACUUGAUCAGUAUGUCCCAGCCCAUGCAGGACAGUGUCCUUAAGGCUCACCGACCUGCAUGGUUUCCUUUCUUCAAUUAUCUCAGAUAAUUACAGCAUCAGUUAAUCAGCCACCAGUUGGCAUCAAUUGUCCUGAGGCAGAGAAAUACAUAAAACAUACAGGGCAUUUUAUCACGAGGACCAGGGUUAGGAAACAUUGCUCUUGUUUAGAUCAUAAAGGUACAUCUUAAAUGUCUAAAUAUCGUCUAAAAGUUUAUUUCAUCAACUCAGUUUGAAAUGUUAAACUCUGAAACAGUGACCCAAGCAAGUUCACGCCGUGAAUAUUAAAGAUAGCCUUUGAACUUUUGGCACCAGAGUGGUCAGGUGCCGAGUCCUGCUGGAAAAUGUAAUCACAUCUUUGCACAGCGUGGCAGCAGAGAGAAGCCUGAAGUACUUUGGACUGAUCUGACUUUGGACUAAAAUAAAGUGGACCAACACCAGCAGAUGAAAUGCAACCCCAAGUCACUGUGGAAAUUUCACUCUUCCUUCAAUCAACUUAUUGAAAAGACAUUGGACCACUGUGCAGCAGAUGAUUCUGACAUCUUUGGUCCAGGAGGAGUUUAACACGAGGAAUGUAAUCAUUUUGAAGCUCAUGUUCUGGAUUUGUCUUCAGCUGAAGUUCAUGUACAUUUCCUUCAAACUCUCAACAUGUUGUGAUUAUGUUUGUUGCUUCUGGAAGGAUUUUCCCUUCGACCCAACUUUUCAUAAAUUUCCUGAGAACAGCCAGAUUCUUCAGGAUUGUGCCUUGGUAGAUUGCUCCCCCUAGAGGAGGAGUUUGGUUAGUGUCUGCUGGACAACUGUAGGUUUCCCUCAGUGUCCAAGCAGGAACAGAAACAUGUUAACUGAAAUUAUUAAUGCCUGUAAUAUUCUUUUGACAGAUAUAUUCAUUUGAUGUCAUUGCUUAUGAAAAUUAAAUAAUUGCUUUAGAUUAUUCUUUUUUAAAUAAAUUACUAAACUAGGCUAAUUUGUUGAUAGUGAUUUUAUUUUUAUGCACCUGCUAAGGAAUAAAAUCUUGAAAUUCAACAUAUUGCCAUUCUUAUCCACACCUGAAAAUUGUAUAAAACAAAUUUUUACUU